ACAGGUUGAUCUUAGCGAUUGCUGAUUGAGCGAGCUGAGUGGCUGUCCCUCAGAAUCUUCUCUUAGGCCUUUCUCUUGCCUUCCUUUAUUCACAACUGAUGACAUUGCAUAUUUUCCCCUGUUCUUAUUGGGAGAAGGCCCUGUGUGUCACUCAGUUGCUAAAUCACCCAAGAGGUUCUCAGAAGGGACCUGUCAGUUUUAGGUUUAAAGAACCCAGAAAGAGAAGGACUAUAGGGGAACUGAUGGUGUUCCUGUUACCUCUCGUCGUUGUAGUAAUGGUGAAGCACAGCGAUUCCCGGACACACUCUCUGAGAUAUUUUCGCCUGGGCGUUUCGGAUCCUGGCCAUGGGGUCCCUGAAUUUAUUUCAGUUGGGUAUGUGGACUCACACCCUAUUACCACAUAUGACAGUGUCACUCGGCAGAAGGAGCCGCGGGCCCCAUGGAUGGCAGAGAACCUCGCGCCUGAUCACUGGGAGAGGUACACUCAGCUGCUGAGGGGCUGGCAGCAGACGUUCAAGGUGGAACUGAAGCGCCUGCAGAGGCACUACAAUCACUCAGGGUCUCACACUUACCAGAGAAUGAUUGGCUGUGAGCUGCUGGAGGACGGAAGCACCACAGGAUUUCUGCAGUAUGCAUAUGAUGGGCAGGAUUUCCUGAUCUUCAAUAAAGACAGCCUGUCCUGGCUGGCUGUGGAUAAUGUGGCUCACACCGUCAAGCGGGCAUGGGAGGCCAAUCAGCAUGAGUUGCGAUAUCAAAAGAAUUGGCUGGAAAAAGAAUGUAUUGCCUGGCUAAAGAGAUUCCUGGAGUAUGGAAACGACACCCUACAAAGAACAGAGCCCCCACUGGUCAGAGUGAAUCGCAAAGAAACUUUCCCAGGGGUUACAACUCUCUUCUGCAAAGCUUAUGGCUUUUACCCCCCAGAAAUUUACAUGACAUGGAUGAAAAACGGGGAAGAAAUUGUCCAAGAAAUGGAUUAUGGAGACAUUCUUCCCAGUGGGGAUGGAACCUAUCAGACGUGGGCAUCAGUUGAGCUUGAUGCUAAGAGCAGCAAUCUUUACUCCUGCCAUGUGGAGCACUGCGGUGUCCAUAUGGUUCUUCAGGUCCCCCAGGAAUCAGAAACCAUCCCUCUCGUAAUGAAAGCUGUCUCUGGGUCCAUUAUCCUUGUCAUUGUGCUGGCUGGAGUUGCUGUUCUAGUCUGGAGAAGAAGGCCCCGAGAGCAAAAUGGAGCCAUGUACCUUCCGACACCAGAUCGAUGAUUGCAGAUCCCUCUUUUCCAGUUCUCCUUCCUGUAGGAGCCAUGUUCUCCUCUGUCCCCCAUAGACUCAAACCCAGUGCUUGAAGCUCCUGACUACACCCACAACAUACACGAGGGAAAUGGGAUUGAGCAUUUAUGGCAGCAACAUAGGAGCCACAAAAUGUUCUUUGUUCUUUGGCUCCAGAAAGACUGUCAGAUUUCAGCCUCUUUUGAUGGACCGUUUUAUCACAGUUGACUUUAAAUACAGCUUGUCUCAUGACACAACACUUCCCUACAUUCCAUUUGUCAAUGAUGAUUUGCAACUAGUUGGAGAUGCUCAAAGCAGGAAGGAAUCUUUUCAUCCAGAGCAGGAACUGUCUUCUGCAAUGCCUUGGACUUGAGCCCCCAGCCUCCACUUGAACACCAUAUGAAGGGAACCUGAAUACCUCAUAAAAUGGCCUUUCUCAUUCA